ACAAAUCCAUUUCUUACUUCAUUUGACUCACUCUCUCGCCUCCAUUUUAGCAAAACAAACCAUGAGCAAGAACAAGAAACCCACACCCACCAAAUCAAACAAAAGAACCCGACAAUCAAACUCAAAACCCGACCCAACUGGGGACAUAGAAGACAUUAUUCAGUUCAAGGAACAAGAAGUAACUGAAAUUAGGGAAUCUUUGUUGAAAUGGUAUGAUGUUAACAAAAGAGACCUUCCAUGGAGAAAACCCAAUAAUAAUAAUCAUAUGGAGAAUGAUUAUGAUAAAAAAGCAUAUGGGGUUUGGGUUUCAGAGAUAAUGCUUCAACAAACAAGGGUUCAAACUGUAAUUAGUUAUUUCAAUAGGUGGAUGGAUAAAUGGCCAUCUGUUCUUCAUCUUUCUCAAGCUUCUAUUGAGGAGGUUAAUGAGAUGUGGGCAGGAUUAGGUUAUUACAGGAGGGCAAGGUUCUUAUUGGAGGGAGCAAAAAUGAUCGUGGAUGGAGGAGGAAGGUUUCCGAGAUCAGUGAAUGAACUUCGUAAGGUUAAAGGAAUAGGUGAAUACACAGCUGGUGCAAUUGCCUCUAUAGCAUUUAAUGAGGCAGUGCCUGUGGUUGAUGGAAAUGUUAUUAGGGUGAUUGCUAGAUUGAAGACCAUAUCUGCAAAUCCCAAAGACAAAAUGACUAUUAAGAGCAUAUGGAGACUAGCUGGGCAACUAGUUGACAAUCAUAGGCCUGGAGAUUUCAAUCAGGCUCUUAUGGAACUCGGUGCUACAUUAUGUACUCCCUUAAACCCCAGUUGUUCAUCCUGUCCGGUGUCUGCUCAAUGUAGUGCACUUGCUGAGUCUGAAAAUAACCCAUCAAAACUUGUUACUGAUUAUCCAACUAAAGUAGCAAAGGUGAAACAAAGGCAGGAUUUUUCUGCUAUUAGUGUUGUUGAAAUCAUAGAAGGUGCUAUAAAUACAUCCGAGUCUGCAAGUAAGUUUCUGCUUGUCAAGAGACCUGAAGAAGGCUUGCUUGCUGGGCUUUGGGAGUUUCCAUCAGUUUCUUUGGAUGGAGAAGCUGAUCUGGUUGCAAGGAGACGAGCUAUUGAUGAUUACUUGAAGAAUUCGUUUGGUUUGAAACUUAGGAAGUCGAUUAAUAUUGUUGCAAGAGAAGAAGUAGGUGAAUAUAUCCAUAUAUUCACCCAUAUUCGCCUAAAGAUGUAUAUCGAGCUAUUGGUUCUACGUUCACAAGAUCUGCAGAAAAAGGGCAAAGGACUCAUGUCCUAUAAAUACGUUGAUACCAAAACCCUUGCAACUCUGGGACUAUCAACUGGAGUAAGAAAGGCUUACGACAUGGUCCAGAAGUUUAAACAGACUAGAUCAAGUCUCAUCCCAAGUUAAACCAGACUCGAUUACUGAAGGAACUACAGACAGUGCACCUUUCUUGCGACUCGAUACAAUUUCUGGUUGCACAUAUUCUUAGUGUUGUAAUGUGUUUUGAUUAUUCUAUUAGCCAAUGAAACGAUGUAUAUUUUUGUUACCUGAUGAAACACAUUCUCUUGUAAUAUGAACUCGGAAGUCUGAUAUGGGUUUAAUCAA